CCGCUGUGGUAGAAGAAGUGGAAGUCGAGACACCCGGCUGCUGUAGUGUUCUCGGGAUUGUCGCAUAAAUUUGAGGUAUUCUUUUUUUCUGCAGCGAUGGAGGAUACAAAAAAUAAAGAUAAAACUCAGCCCGAAAAGAAGGAUGAGAAGGAUAAACAGUCUGCGGGAAAGGAUAAAGAGAAAAAGGAAGAGCAGGAGUUGUCAGAGGAGGACAAGCAGCUGCAGGAGGAGCUGGAACUGAUGGUGGAGAGACUGAGUGAGAAGGACACGUCUCUCCAUCGCUCUGCACUCGAGGAGCUGCGUCGGCAGAUCCGGUCCUCCACCACAUCUAUGACCUCUGUGCCCAAACCGCUCAAGUUCCUGCGGCCGCACUACAGCAAACUUAAAGAGAUCUACGAGGGCAUGGCAGCUGGAGAGAACAAGCGUUUCUGUGCAGACGUGGUGUCGGUCCUGGCCAUGACCAUGAGCGGAGAGAGAGAGUGUCUAAAAUACCGCCUGCUCGGCUCACAGGAGGAGCUCGCGUCCUGGGGUCACGAAUACGUCAGGCACCUGGCAGGUGAGGUAGCUAAAGAGUGGCAGGAGCUGGAGGAAGGAGACAAGGCGCAGCAGGAGACACUGUUGAAGCUGGUGAAGGAGAUCGUCCCCUACAACAUGGCGCACAACGCCGAGCACGAAGCCUGCGACCUGCUCAUGGAGAUCGAGCGCCUCGACAUGCUCGACACCUACAUCGACGAAAACGCAUACUCCAAGGUCUGCCUCUAUCUCACCAGCUGUGUGAGCUACGUCCCCGAGCCAGAGAACUCCGCCCUCCUCAAGUGCGCCCUCAACAUAUUCCGCAAGUUCAACCGUUACCCAGAAGCCCUCAGGCUGGCGCUGAUGCUCAAUGACGUAGAGCUUGUGGAGAACAUCUUCACCUCCUGCAAAGACAUUGUGGUUCAGAAGGAGAUGGCGUUCAUGCUGGGUCGGCACGGCAUGUUCCUGGAGCUGAACGAAGACGUUGAGGACUACGAGGACCUGACGGAGAUCAUGUCCAAUGUCCAGCUCAACAGCAACUUCCUGGCUCUCGCACGUGAGCUGGACAUCAUGGAGCCCAAAGUACCAGACGACAUUUACAAAACCCACCUGGAGAACAACAGAUUCUGUGGCAGUGGGUCUCAGGUCGACUCCGCCCGUAUGAACCUCGCCUCCUCUUUCGUAAACGGCUUCGUUAACGCAGCGUUCGGACAGGACAAACUGCUCACUGACGACGGCAACAAGUGGCUGUACAAGAACAAGGACCACGGAAUGCUCAGUGCUGCUGCGUCUCUGGGUAUGAUCCUCCUGUGGGACGUGGACGGUGGUCUUACUCAGAUCGACAAGUAUCUCUACUCAUCAGAGGAUUACAUAAAGUCUGGGGCUUUGCUGGCGUGUGGAAUCGUGAACUCCGGGGUUCGUAAUGAGUGUGACCCUGCUCUCGCCCUCCUCUCCGACUACGUCCUACACACCAGCAACGUCAUGAGGAUAGGAGCCAUCUUCGGACUGGGCCUGGCGUAUGCUGGGUCUAACAGAGAAGACGUCCUGUCACUGCUCCUGCCGGUCAUGGGAGACUCAAAGUCCAGCAUGGAGGUGGCAGGUGUGACGGCUCUGGCAUGCGGUAUGAUCGCUGUGGGUUCCUGUAACGGUGACGUCACCUCCACCAUCCUCCAGACCAUUAUGGAGAAGAGCGAGCAGGAGCUGAAGGACACGUACGCGCGCUGGCUCCCCCUCGGCCUCGGGCUCAACCACCUCGGCAAAGGCGAGGCAAUUGAGACCACUUUGGCAGCAUUACAAGUCGUCCCCGAGCCGUUCCGCAGCUUCGCAAACACACUCGUGGACAUCUGUGCAUACGCAGGUUCGGGGAACGUUUUGAAGGUUCAGCAGCUGUUGCACAUCUGCAGUGAGCACUACGACACCAAGGACAAAGACGAUGACAAGGACAAGAAGGAUAAAAAAGAUAAGGAGAAGAAAGACAGCGCAGCAGACAUGGGCUCACAUCAGGGCGUGGCCGUGCUGGGUAUCGCUCUCAUUGCCAUGGGGGAGGAGAUCGGCUCAGAGAUGGCUCUCCGCACGUUCGGUCACCUGUUACGGUACGGCGAGCCCACCCUGCGCAGAGCGGUGCCGUUAGCAUUAGCGCUCAUCUCUGUGUCCAACCCCAGACUCAACAUCCUGGACACGCUCAGCAAGUUCUCCCACGACGCCGACCCCGAGGUCUCACACAACUCCAUCUUCGCCAUGGGCAUGGUGGGGAGCGGUACCAACAACGCUCGUCUCGCCGCCAUGCUGCGUCAGCUGGCACAGUACCACGCCAAGGACCCCAACAACCUGUUCAUGGUCCGACUCGCUCAGGGACUGACACAUCUGGGUAAAGGGACACUGACGUUGUGUCCGUACCACAGUGACAGACAGCUCAUGAGUCAGGUAGCAGUUGCUGGACUCCUCACAGUCCUAGUGUCCUUCCUGGAUGUGAAAAACAUUAUACUAGGGAAGUCUCACUACGUCCUCUACGGCCUGGUAGCAGCGAUGCAGCCUCGUAUGCUCGUCACAUUCGACGAGGAGCUUCGGCCUUUACCGGUGUCAGUCCGUGUGGGGCAGGCCGUGGACGUGGUGGGACAGGCAGGCAAACCCAAAGCCAUCACUGGUUUCCAGACACACACCACGCCGGUGCUACUGGCGCACGGAGAGAGAGCCGAGCUAGCGACAGAGGAGUACAUCCCGGUCACGCCCAUCCUCGAGGGCUUCGUCAUCCUGCGCAAAAACCCCAACUACGAUGCAUAAACACAUUUAUACACGCACACACACACACACACAGCGUUACUCACGCACUCGUACCCGGGACCUCGACCUCUCCAGUGUCUGAUCCCUGACUGACACAUCGAUCAGAGCAGCACAGGGUGGUUGUUGUUUUUUUUUUUUGUUGUUUUUUUUCAGAUUUUGUUUUGUUUUGUAUUUUUAAGACAUUAAUCCUAACAAACAGCCCUGUUUUUCAGCCCUGGAUAAUUAUUUCCCUACAUUUGUUGGUUUCAUUAUGUUUUACUGUUAUGAUGUGGAAAAAUAAAUAACAUAAGAUGGUCAGUAAA